AGCAAAUUCCAGGUUCCGCAGCAAGUGAGAGGCGGGGAUUGAUAGACCCUCUCUCUCCCUCUCUCGCCUGCCUCACUCACCGCGGGAUUCUCCAAGCAGACAGCAGAACACAGACAACCAAAGGACCCGACAACCUAACCUAGAAAUUGCACUAGACCUGGCAUGAUUCGAGUUCUGGUCUGCAGAGUGUAAUACAUUUCGAGUCUUUCUUUCUUGCCAUUCAUCCUUCCAUUUUCGAUAAUCUCUAAUUCCUAUCCUAUCCGAUUACCUAUUCCAUCGGCAACACUCCCUCAGGUCACCUUGGGAUCUACUCUCGAAAAGGAGGCCAUUGACCAUGGCCGACAAGAUCCCUUCAUCCCCCGCCAGGAGGUCGGCCACCUUGAACGCCAGCCUCCUCUCAUCACCCCCGAGGGCACCGUCAACCCGCGGCAAAGAGCGAAGAAACCCGUCGAUUACACCUAGGAAGUUUCAACGAUUUUUCACUCCCCGAUCUCGAGUCUCCUCCAAGCCAAGCGCCGCCCGGAAAGCCCUCUGCGAUCUCACCGCCCCGGCCCUUAACCGCUGCCAGACACCGUCGAGCCCACUCAAGCCCAUCUCGGAAGAACUCAACCUGCCCCAGUUCCAGGACGCCCACCGGGGGAAACGCCGCAAGUUCAACCACUCGACCCCGGAGAAGUCGACGAGUUAUUUGCCGUCACCUCUGAACUCUUCGCCUCUGCUUCCCACCGCAGACUUGAGGCCAGGCUUGGCCAGCCCCAUUCAAUCUCUAAGGUCCCGGCGGGCCGUGCAGGAUACUGUCUACAGGGAUGAUGACGUCUCCGAGGACGAUGAUGAGGAAGAGGUGCCGGAGGCUAUGGCGGCACCAUCCAAGGGUCCUGUACCGCUGCACCGCCGAGGAUUGGGGGCUCAGCUGGUACAGAGGAUGACGGGUACUAUGCGCUUUGCCAGCGAACGGGCGUUGGAAUGUCCUGUUGCUGACUGGAGGACGGAAACGGCCGAUUUCCAGAGCCGGCCUGAAGAUGCCCAUUUCUCGUCCAGCCAUGAGGGAGCACCGCGUGCUAUCCCUUUCUGCACAACUACCUGUCAUAAAAGCAGCCUUGUGGCGGUUGGUGACGAGGAAGGUUAUGUACGCCUACUAGACUCGAGGAAGGACUUUUCGAAAAUCCAUCUGUCGUUCCAGGCCCACGGCAACGCCAUCAUCGACCUGGAUUUCUCCGAGGACGACCACUUGUUGGCCACCGCGUCGGGGGAUCAAACCGGCAGAGUCAUUGAUAUGAUGACACAACGACCCGUCUCCAUCCUCGGCCACCACACAGCGUCCCUGAAGCAGGUACGCUUCCAGCCUGGCCGCGGCUCCGGUUGUGUUCUGGCAACCUCGGGUCGUGACGGCAGCGUUCAGAUUUGGGAUCUGCGGUGCCGAGGUGGACCAGUGCAGGACCUGGGCAUCGCUUCCGAGGCUGGCCUGCGCCACCGUCUGCCAAAGCCGCUCAACCCGGGCUGUGUAGUUAACAGUAUUUACGACGCGCACGCGCGGACGACCAGGCAGGGCAAAGGUCACCUGCCUUCUUCCAAUCCCGGGGAUGUUGCUCGCCUGGGCGAAGUCCCGGGCCGCAUAGGCGAGGUCUCGGUCACAGCGAUGCAAUUCCUCCCUCCCGGCCGUGAGCACCUCCUCCUCACCGCCUGCGAAGCCGACGCCAGCAUCAAGCUGUGGGACAUCCGUGCCGUCCACACCAGCCGGCACCACAAAGCCAGCACCCCCGUCUCCUACACGGCGCCACCCCCGAGCCACGUCGCCUUCCGCCCCUUCGGCAUCUGCUCCAUGACCCUCGGCGGCGACGGCACGCGCUUGUACGCCCUCUGCAAAGACAACACCGUCUACGCCUACAGCACCGCCCACCUCAUGCUCGGCCAAGCCUCCGAACUGACCCCCGCCCGCCCGGGCACCGAACCGCCGCGCCGCCGCCACCACCCGCACGGCGCCGCCCACGAGGGCCUCGGCCCGCUCUACGGCUUCCGCCACCCGCUCUUCCACGCCACGAGCUUCUACGUCAAGACCGCCAUCCGGCCCGCCGCCGAGGGCCGCCCGGAACUCCUCGCCGUCGGCAGCUCCGACGGCGCCGCCGUGCUCUUCCCCACCGACGAGCGCUACCUGCGCGACGCCUGGACCUCCUCCUCAUCAUCAUCAUCCCCCGACCAGGAAGAAGAAACCUACUACAUCGGCAACCCCACCGACAAAGCCCCCCUUUCACACCCGCGGCCCGGUCUCCGGUCCGCCACCUCAGCCUCGGCAUCCGCCACCCGACCGGCGCUGACGCGCACGAAUAGCAUGAGCCAGCUGUUUGCGCGGCAGUCGGACGGCGGCGGCGCCACGCCUGUCGUGCGCAGGGGCACGCCGCUCGUGCGCGGCCACGGUAAGGAGGUCGGCGCCGUGGCGUGGACGAGCGACGGGAAGUUGGUGACCGUGGGGGAUGAUUUUCUCGCAUACCAUGGGACCAGCGGUUACGGCGCAUAAGGUGGCAUUGUUCUUGUUUCUUAUAGCAUUGCGCGGUGUUAGGGUAGCUAGGUAGUGUCAAGCUCGGGAGUAGCAUAUGUUGUAAGCAAUGGAAUUACGUACGCAUACC